UGCGCAUGCGCGCGGCCUUCGCCUGAAGGGAUAAAAUCUUGCGCUCGCUUUCUUGCGGACUAAUUUACCGUAUCGCUUUGAAACAUAUCAGACAUCAGACUGUUUGCUUGUGUUUGUGUGUUUAAGGAAUGUAAAAAGGUUGGGAUUCAAAUCUGGUAGGUGAAAUACUCUUCCAAUUGUCAUCAUUUUAAGAAGCGAGGGAGAGCAAGAAUAGGACGUGACAACUGAGCGCCCACGAGAGCAGACGGGAAAUCUUCCAUGAAACAGACUUGAAAAACAACUCAUUUGGGCCAGACGAGCGAUUACGCUUUCGACCUUAAAAUAUAACCGCCAUAACAAGUUAGUCGCAUCCGAUCGAAGAUAAAAGGAAAUGGUUUUUAUUAAUGAAUAAAAACAGGAUAUUUCCUUUUGCCGAAAAAAAUUCACGCUGAAACCAAACAAUAACAAGAGCGAAUAGCAAAAAGCAACAUCAGUCAGGUCGUCGUCAGGUCGUCGUCAGGUCGCCAUCAGACGGUCAUCGCGGCAAAGAGACAGCACUCUAGACCAACAGAAAGCAAUCAAGGAGUACAAACAUUUUGUUUUUCUUUUCGCGGGAAAAAUCGAAUAGCAGCAGCAGCUAAUACUAAUACGCAAAGUGAACGGUCCAGUGAGCCUAUCCAACAAGGCUCAAAUUAGCGGUACUAACAAAAAUACGAUCAGGACACGAAAUUGAACAGUGACAACAAUACAGCAGCAGCAACAUUCAUCGUCUUGGGUCGUCACAACACUAAGGAAUCACACAUCAAGGCCCCCUUGAAAAACUUGAAAACUCUUUUACCAACGUCUCUCUACUGUUCUAUUUGCACGGUAGAUAGAACAAUACCACAACUAUCCCCUGCUAUUUGCCGCCGCGGAGUUUAAAGCUAGUCGCGCGAUGAUGAGCAAUUCCACCAACUCAAGCGUGUCGCUGCAUCUGCGCAAUUUUGACUCGUGGUACGCGUGGGUGUUCGCGGUGUUGUACUGUUGCAUUAUCGUCGUCGCUUUGGCGGGAAAUAUGUUGGUGUGUGGCGUGGUGGCUGUGAACAAAGGCCUUAGAAGGUUGCCCACAAAUCUGUUCAUCGUGUCGCUGUCCGUCUCCGAUCUGAUCACCGCCCUCCUCGCUAUGCCCUUUGACGUGGACAUCCUGAUCACGGGGGGUCGGUGGGACCACGGGGAGGUCAUGUGUCGAGUAUGGACCACCGUGUACCUCAUGACAGUCCCCACCUCGAUAUUGACCCUCCUUGCGGUGAGCCUGGACCGAUACAAGACGCUCAGCGACCCGCUCAACAGGUUCCGCCGCGCGGGGAGGUUUAUGACCCGUCGCCGCGCCCUGAUCAUCAUUGCGGUCAUCUGGUUAUACUGUCUUGUGAUGUCUAUCUUACCGGUCAUCGGAGCUAUUGAUAUAAGCCCAUAUAAAAGCUUUCUGUUCUACGGCCAGUGCGUCUUCCCGCUACCUACGGCGUUCUCAGUUGUUACUUCGAUGGUUAACUUCGUUGUGCCGCUUUUACUCACUUGCGCGAUUUACGCGAAGAUUUACCGCAUCGCUCGCAGUCAUUCUUGUGGCUUGCCAUCCGCGGGCCGUGCGUCUGUCCGCAAUCCUUCCGAGCAAAAGGAGCACGUGCGGAACGUGCGCGCCGCGAAGACAAUCUCGAUGUUCGUGUGUGCGUUCUUCUGUUGCUGGGUGCCGUACUGCAUGGUGAGCGUGGUAAGCAACCUGUGUCCGGCCUGCUUCAUGACAACGCCCCCUCAUGUGUACCCCCCCUUGCUCAUGCUCGGGUAUCUGAACUCCGCGCUCAAUCCCUUCCUGUUCUCAUUCCGCAACAAGGCGUUCAAGUCUACCGUGUGGAGACUGUGGCGGAAUAUCAAACGCAGAAGGCACCCUCAUAAAUUCUUAUCCCGAAGUAGCACUCGGCAAGAAAAUGGGACCGACGUCCAGCUCAGCUCAUUGCGCAGCCGCGGAAGUACAGCGCAUGAGCCCGGGGUCAACAGCAAAACGGAGUCAGUGGUAUUCUCUAGUAGCAGCUCGCGAGAGCCGCUGAGCGUCAACGACAAAUUGCAGAUUCACAUAGAUACUGAACAUGCGCGCUGAGCCAUACCACAGGAUGACCACAAGCUACCCAUAAAUCCAGUCUCCACUAUCUACCUUAUUUGCAUUAAUCCAAGGAACGUUAAUUAAAGGGAGCUCUCCGAGAGUCAGCAGUCCACAGGAUGCCCACCAAAGCAAUCGUAUAAUUUGAUGACGUAAGAAGCCCAUAAUUGGACAUUUUUGGAAGUUUCUCUGAACACCACAGGUGCCGUUGAUUACCAGCUAACCACAGGAAGUCCAUCAUUGAUUACCAGCUAACCACAGGAAGUCCAUCAUUGAGUAACAGCUAACCACAGGAAGCCCAUCAUUGAUUACCAGUCUACCACAGGAAGCCCAUCAUUGAUUACCAGCCUACCACAGAGAGUCCAUCAUUGAUUACCAGCUAACCACAGGAAGCUCACCAUUGAAUCCGAUCAUUGAUUACCAGCCUACCACAGGACGCCCAUCAUUGAUGUCCAGCUAACCACAAGAUAUCCAUAAUUGAUUACCACUUAACCACAGGAAGUCCAUCAUUGAUUACCACUUAACCUCAGGAAGUCCAUCAUUGAUUACCAGCUAACCACAGGAAGCCCAUCAUUGAUAACCAGCUAACCACAGAAAGUCCAUCAUUGAUUACCAGCUAACCACAGGAAGCCCAUCAUUGAUUACCAGCUAACCACAGAAAGUCCAUCAUUGAUUACCAGCUAACCACAGGAAGCCCAUCAUUGAUUACCACUUAACCACAGAAAGUCCAUCAUUGAUUACCAGCUAACCACAGGAAGUCCAUCAUUGAUUACCAGCUAACCACAGGAAGCCCAUCAUUGAUUACCACUUAACCACAGAAAGUCCAUCAUUGAUUACCAGCUAACCACAGGAAGUCCAUCAUUGAUUACCAGCUAACCACAGGAAGCCCAUCAUUGAUUACCACUUAACCACAGAAAGUCCAUCAUUGAUUACCAGCUAACCACAGGAAGUCCAUCAUUGAUUACCACUUAACCACAGGAAGUCCAUCAUUGAUUACCAGCUAACCACAGGAAGUCCAUCAUUGAUUACCACUUAACCACAGGAAGUCCAUCAUUGAUUACCAGCCAACCACAGGAAGUCCAUCAUUGAUUACCAGCUAACCACAAGAAACCCAUCAUUGAUAACCAGCUAACCACAGGAAGCCCAUCAUUGAUUACCACUUAACCACAGGAAGUCCAGCAUUGAUUACCAGCUAACCACAGAAAGUCCAUCAUAGAUUACCACUUAACCACAGGAAUCCAAUCAUCGAUUACCACUUAACCACAGGAAGCCCAUCAAUGACUACAUAUAGACAAGUUUCCAACCAUUUUGAUAUGGUAAACUUAUAUGCCUUCAUAUGGAGGUAAACCAGUGAUUGUUGCAGGCGAAUAGUCGUUCAGACAAAGUAUUUCUUCCUUUUGGCAAAAUAUUUAAUGUCAUGAGAACAUGAAUCUUUCGUAUUGAUUCUGCUUACUCGGGUGUGCUCGGGGUGGAUUCGGUACUAUGUUUGUGUGAUUCGGAAUUACUCGGGUUUGAGUCGGAACUAUGUGAGCGUGACUCGGAUUUACUCGGGACGGCUCGGGUUGGAUUCUGUACUAUUCGUGUGUGACUUGGCCUUACUUUAGACGGCUCGGGGUGGAUUCGGUGGUCUCCUCCAUUUCUUUAUUGUAAAAUCAAUCACUCAAUAAGUCACAUUCAUAGAUUGCUGCACCAAGUCUGCUUUUGUGGUACCUAAGAACAGGAAGAUUACUCGGGAGGGGGGGGGGGGGGGGGUGUAGCCCAAGCAAGCCUUCCCCUAGAUCUGCUCCUACCCCUCCCCACCUUGUACUUGAGUGGUCAACUCUCUUCCCUUUGACCUGUGCCUCCCGUUUCAAUAUUCCCCACCCUCCUUCUCCGCGAUUCAAUGUUCCACCACCCCUUUGAAAAGACAGUGAUCCCAGUUUUAGACGAUGGUCGACUACCAUAAUUUAUAUUUCGUGCGAUGAAAGUAGGGAAUCCGCUCCAUCACGAGGGACACUGCUAGCGGUGCGAUAGCUCUCAAUGAAUUUUUGCCUCACCGACUAUAGACGUUACUCUCUAUGAGCUUCCGUUAGCUGCUAUUUUUCAUUCUUGAAAACUAUGAGAAAGCACCCUUUUGUAUAGUCUGAUUUGAGAAAUAUUGCAAUAUUUUCCAUCAAAAUUGGUAAAUAGCGUACAUAGCUUUUGUUUUUCGAUGGUUAUCUCGAGAUUUCAUCACGUAGUUUUCCAAUAUCGAGUAAAAAUAGUGAUGAAUGUGUGUCUGUCAAGGGUUCUUUCAAACUUCCCCUUACAAAAGCAACAGGACCUAUUUGAUUCAUUUUUCGUUUGUGAACUUCUCUUUUUCGAAAAAUCACCAGAUCCAACGAGCUGUCGGCGAAAUCAAAGGUUCUCGUUAAGAUAUAGUAGACCAAUCACUGAUCUCAAAUCAGAUAAACCGAGCCCAAAUUGGUUUCCACGCUUAAAACUGAAAAAGAGAACCCAGAAAAGCAUGGGGACUUAGUAGUAGCAUAGUAUCAGAAAGUGAUAAAAGUUGUUCCUGUCAUUCGGGAGAUUUACUUACAUAAAAUAGCCAGCGGCAAAAAUUGUAAACGGUAAAUCAUUCAUUUCUGAUGAAAAGGAAAUGC